AUGGCCCGCACAAGAACGGGCCGUGGCGCUCCGGAGUCUCCGGGAAAUGAUGUCCAGGACCCUCGUUCUGUGCGGUUGACACGACGUCGAGCAGGCGGCGCAAACAUGACGGAACGCGUCCAAAGCACCGAGACCACCACCGUUCCUGCAUCUGCUGCAUCUCGGCCAACGACGCGAGGUAGGGGAAGAGAUAAGGUCGCCCCGACGAGCACCACGUUGCGAGAGAUGGCGGAAGAACGGGAAGAAAGGGAGGAAGAUGUGGAGAAGAGGGAACAGGAGGAUCUGUACAGAAACGAACCAGUUGCGCGCUUCAAUGCGAAAGAGAUUGUGCGAGACAUCAACCCCCAAGAUAACGACAGUGGUGAGUCCUGCUCAUCUGUGUUCAUAAUGGAUUAUCUGAAGUGCAAGGUUAACAACCACCCUAGAAAUGGGAUCGCAGAGCAUCUCCGGCACACAGAGAUAUGCGACCCCGGCCUACAUGACUGCUGCAUACACGUUAUUCUCAAGUUCGUCAACGCUGCGCUCUCUCCCUUGCGAAGACGCAUUUCACUAACCCUCCCACAGAAGCACCGGGCUCAUCAGCACCGAGAGCUUCACAAGCUACCGGGAAUAGAGGAUGACGGCAGUGACGACGAGUCGGAGAAAUCCGAAAUCGAAGAUGACGCAUCCCAGGAUCUCGUAGAAGCAGAACUAAAGGAGAACGCGCUCGACUCAUUAUGGCACGAAUCCGAAGCCCUAGCGAGACUGCUCCGGAACCCAAAACCAGGUAGCAAAUCCUGGCACCGGCUGCUGCCCGUCUUCCGGGGCAACUGGUUCCGCAUCCGCGAGUUUUUCGUGGAGACCGACGCGCUCUUCAUCGACCUCCUCACCAGCAUCGAGGACAUUAGCGAAAGGCAGCAGAUGAAGGCGCGGGCCGUCAUCAUCGGCGCCAACGCCACGUCGCUACUCAACGUCAUAUCCGACGCCGAGCUUCGCAAGGAGGACAACUUUGAUAGGGUCUGGAAGAUCUUCGAGCGCCUCGACGAGGACUUUCCCGCACCGCUGUGCCCAUACGACGACUACGCCGACCACGUUACCGAAGACGACAUCGAGCUUGCACUCGACAUUCGCACGCAGCGGCUGAUUACGAGCCUGAAGGCCUUGCAGGACGACCAGCAGAAUCCUGCUGACAUCGCAGCGGAGCUUUUCUGCAUGCGUUUAGAAUCCUCUGUCGAUGCGGAAGAGGCUCUCCAAUAUGGACCGUUCAGGGGCAUCAACGGCCGCAUGGCGGAGCGUUUCGCAGAGAGGGCAAACCAAAUUUACGACGCCAUCGUGGACAAGAACGUGGAUGAUGCCAUCCAGGUCCUCGACGAGAUGUUCCCGCUCGAGGGGUCGCCUGAUCAGUCACAGAACGAAGCCGACGACGAACCGGUCGACUUCAUCGGCAAGAUUUCCUCCUGGUGCAGCAAGAUGAUCGACGAACUCAGUGUUAUCUUGAAGGACCCGCCGCAAGGGCCGAGGGAAUCUUCUCCGACGGACUCCCUCCCCUCGAGCGCGCCACAGGAUAUAGUCCGCAACGACGUGCGCGAAGACAUCUUGUCCCGGUCAAACGUGCAACUCCUAGCAAAGCUCUCCCGCGAGCACCCCUCGCGCACACGUCCAUCUCCAUCACUAGCAAACUCCCAGCGCGGAUCCCAACGCAGCUCUCAGCGCGGAGCCACCGCCGAACCCAUCAUCAACGGCAGCAUUGGCGACGACUACUACGAAAAAGAGGCAGAGGACCAUCGUCGCCGUAACCCCUCCCCGGCGCCGAGCGACCUCUCAGCCAUCAUCGCAGGCCUCCCCAGCACCGCAAUCAUCCGCAGUACGCAACCUUCUUCCUCCUCCGCCAAAGCCGGCCCCAGCACCGCUGCCCCGCGCUCCUCCGACUUCAUGGCCGUCAACAACAGCGGCAGGAAACGCCCCCGCGAAACCUCCCUCUCUCACUCCCAACAAUCCCAAGAGUCCGACGACCCCUUCGAAGAAGACAACCGCGACCCGAACCCCCAACGAAGAGCCCAACUCGCCCGCGACCGCCGCGACAUGCCCCCUCCCCCCUCGAAACGCAAAACCCUCCCCUCAACCGCACCACCACGCCCACGCCAGCCCUCUUCCUCCGCCUCAUCAUCAACAACAACCGCCCUCCAACGACGCCCCCGCUCCUCCCUCCCAACCAGCGCCCCAGCCUCCUCUGCUCCCGCCUCCACCUCCGCCUCCCGAAGCAGCGUCUCGAGCACAGCCACCACCGUCGCCUCCUUCCGCGAAAUCAACGAGAUGAACCGCCGCACAGCGUCCCGCGCCGGCCCGCAGCAGCGCGUCCCCUGGUCCGACAAAGACACCCACCGCCUCAUCCGCCUCAUAGAACACCACAACUGCCUCUGGGCACUCAUCGCGAAACGCCAGAUCGCUGCUGCCAGCAAUCCUGGAGGCGGCUACGGCGGCGACAGCUUCGAGGAGAGGGAGGACUGCGUCUUCGAUCACCCGCGAGACCAGCAAGCUAUCCGCGACAAGGCGCGGAAUCUCAAAGUUGAUUUGUUAAAAGCCGACUUGAAUCUCUACCCGGGCUUCGACGGUAUCGCCCUCGGUAAAAAGGAACGCCUGGCCCUCAUCAGCCGCGGAAAGAACCCGGACCGGAGGGAGGGCGACGUCGACGCGGCGGGCGAGCCCACGCAUACCGAGUACGUGCCGCUGGAGAGUGACGACGAAGACGAUGAGUUGUAG